AUGUCCGUCACAGCUACUACCACCACAACGCGCUCGUUAUCCGUGCUCGCCGACUAUGAGGUUCAUCAUAGUGGAUCUGAGCAGAAUGGCUCUUCUGCUGCGCCGGUAAAUCCAGAACAACCGGCUGACUGGCCUACUCAUCAUCGUCGUAUGCCGACGUAUCGUCCUGCCAAUCCUCGACUCGACCAAGCGGAUCGCCCCGCGGGGAAUGGGCAUCCUGCAGAGUACGCUUUCAUUCAGAUUAUGUUGCACGGUGUAUGGUUAAACGCGUCUGUCUCCCGACUGUGGCGGUUUACUGGCGGAAGGAUCCACGACAAGAUCUUCCAUUACGAAGUCGGCGGGGAAUGGUAG